UCGGCCCCCCGCGGCCAGCCGCUAUAAAGGCAGCGCUGGCCUCUGACCGCAGCCAGUGCUUGCGCCGGGUUUCCUUGCUACCUGCUCUCAGCCCCAGCCCUGCUAUGGCUCCCACCUUCGCCGGGCCCGUGCUGCCUCUGCUCCUGGCCCUGGUCAUCGUUAUGAUCCCAGGGCCUGGUGGUGCUCAGCUAUCCAUGAACCCCAUAGAAGCCUUCCUACCUCAAGGAGGGUCCCUGCUGGUGAACUGCUCAUCCUCCUGCAACCGGAGCCUUAACCUGGGCUUGGAAACUCAGUGGCAGAAAGUCGAGCUGAGGAGUGAACGCAACUGGAAGCUGUUUAAGCUGAGUAACAUUCAGAAAGACAGCAGACCGAUGUGCUUUGAGAACUGUGACACCAUUCAGUCCUCGCUGUCUGCCAGGGUCGUGGUAUAUUCACUCCCGGAACGUGUUGAGCUGAAACCUCUGCCGGCCUGGCAGCAGGUGGGCCAGAACUUCACCCUGCGCUGUGAGGUAGAAGGCGGGGCACCCCAGACCCAGCUCUCAGUGGAGCUGCUCCAUGGGGAGGAGAUGCUGAGCCAGGGACUAGUGGGUGACCUCCCUGGGGAGUCCAAGGAGAUCACCGCCCUGGUGCUAGCUAGUAGAGACCACCAUGGAGCCAAUUUCUCAUGCCGCACAGAACUGGACCUCAGGCCCCAAGGGCUGUCGCUGUUUUCCAACGUCUCCGUGGUCAGGCAGCUCCGGACUUUUGAUCUUCCUGUGACCACCCUAAAGCUGGAUACCCCUGACUUCCUGGAGGUGGGCACUCAGCAGAAAUUGCACUGCUCCCUGGAAGGCCUGUUUCCUGCCUCUGAUGCGCAGAUACAUCUGGAGCUGGGAGGCCAGAGGCUGCCCCAAGAGAAGACAAGCAGCAGAGACUUUGUGUCAGCCACCACCUUGGUGGAAGUGACUGGUGAGCUGGAAGGAACCCAGCAGCUGCGCUGUGUGUUGGAGCUGGCAGGCCACAUCCUGAAGGAUCAGAAGACCUUGCACAUCUACAACUUUCCUGCUCCGGUCUUGACCCUGAGCCAGCCAGAGGUGUCAGAAGGGAGCCAAGUAACUGUGAGGUGUGAAGCCCGCGGUGGAGCACUGGUGGUGCUGCUGAGCGGCGCCACCCCUGGGCCACCAUCCCCGCAGGUCCAAUUCACGCUGAAUGUCAGCUCCGAGGAUCACAAGCGACACUUCUUUUGCUCUGCGGCCCUGGAGGUGGCUGGGAAGUCACUGUUUAAAAACCAGACCCUGGAACUCCGCGUGCUGUACGGUCCCCGGCUGGACGAGAGGGACUGCCUGGGGAACUGGACCUGGCAAGAGGGGUCUCAGCAGACCCUGAAAUGCCAGGCCUGGGGCAACCCAGCCCCCAAGCUGUCCUGCAGCCGGAGAACAGAUGGCGCCCCGCUGCCCAUCGGCGUAGUGAAAAAUGUUAGACGGGAGAUGAGCGGUAUCUACGAGUGCCAUGCCGUGAGCUCCCAGGGGAACGUCACCAGGGAUGUGUCCCUGACAGUGCUGUACCACCAACAGAAUAACUUGGCCAUCAUCAUUGUGGUGACAGUGGUGGCCAUUGUGGGCCUUGUGAUCUUGGCCAUUUACCUUUACAACCACCAGAGAAAAAUCAAGAUCUACAAGCUACAGAAGGCUCAGGAGGAGGCCAUGAAACUCAAGGCGCAAGCCCCGCCUCCCUGAGCUGCCAGGACACCAGCACCUCCGUGGGCAGCAGCUGCUGCUUUUGAACAGAAAGGUUUACCCUCAACCCACCUCCUCAGGCUGUGACAGGACAGGAUGGUGGCCUCAGGAUGUACGUCCUCUCUACCGCACACUUGUAGCCUCGGGCCUAAGAUGACGGGACUGGCAAGACUGUUAGGGUGUGUGACCUGGACCCACCCACAUGUGUGCCUUCUGCCAGGAAAUGCUGGCUUCAUGAUCUUGUGCCUGUGCUUGAGGGGCCCCUGGCUAAGG